AUGUUGCUGAAAGGACCGGACUUGUUGACGUCGUUGUUCGCUGUUCUGCUGAGGUUCAGGCAAAGAUCAAUCGCGGUGUGUGGUGAUAUCCGCGAAAUGUUUCAUCAAAUUCAGAUCAUACCUCAGGACAAGCAGUAUCAACGGUUUCUUUUUCGCGAGCGCCAAGAUGAGGAACCUGAAAUCUAUGUAAUGGAUGUGGCAACAUUCGGCGCAACGUGUUCUCCUUGCUCGUCUCAGUUCGUAAAGAACAAGAACGCGAAAGAGUUUGAGUCGGAGUUCCCAAAAGCAACCGAAGCGAUCAUCAAUGCUCAUUACGUCGACGAUUUCCUCGACAGUGUAGACUCCGUAGAAGAAGCAGUGAAACUGAUACAGGAUAUAAAACAUGUACACGCGCAAGGGGGGUUAGAAAUUCGAAAUUUCAUGUCAAACUCAGCAGAAGUUCUACUGCAGGUGGGAGAACCAAGGAACUUGCAGAGGAAGUCGCUCGAUCUAGAUGGCUCGAUAAGCACCGAGCGUGUGCUCGGUAUGGUGUGGAAGCCCGUUGAAGACGCGUUCACUUUCGAUGUAAUACUAAAGGAGGAUUUGGCGCAGUUUCUAGUGGAGCCAGUUCUACCCACAAAACGACAUGUGUUGAGGCUGGUGAUGUCUUUGUUUGAUCCAUAUGGAUUCAUUGCCCACUUCGUCGUACAAGGCAAAAUUCUAAUGCAGCACAUCUGGAGGACGGGUACAGAAUGGGACGAAGAAAUUGCACCGGAGUUGUUCGAAAUAUGGAGGGACUGGAUUCAUCUACUGGAGCGUUUGCAGGAAGUUGAAGUUCCACGUUGUUUCUUCGGUGAGAUUAGCAGCCAAGUAUCUGCAAACAUCCAGCUGCACGUAUUUGUUGACGCAACGAAAACGAAAGUAGCCCCCUUGAAGCCGUUAUCUAUUCCGCGGCUUGAGCUCCAGGCUUGCAUUAUCGGGUGUCGUCUGAUGGAAACAAUCAGCGCAGCAUUAAACCUCAACAUCGAAGAGCGUUACUUCUGGACGGACUCCACAACAGCACUCGCUUGGAUUAAAUCCGAUAGCCGACGCUAUCAUCCCUAUGUGGCGUUUCGAAAUGUGGCAGAUGUGGCCACGAAGUGGGGAAAUGGACCAGGCUUUCAGCCGGACAGUCGCUGGUACGUCGGUGAACCCUUUCUGUACAAGUCCAAAUCGGAAUGGCCGAAGCAAGCUCAAAAGCAGGAGCGCACAAAGGAGGAACUACGUGCCGUUUUCCAUCUUCAUCGGGAGUUACCAGAACCGCUCAUCGAUGUGACAAGGUUCUCCAACUGGAAUCGCUUAUUGCGGACGGCGGCAUACGUAUAUCGAGCAGUGAGAAAGUUUCGGAAAGAGAAAAUCAAUGGAAACUUAACAAGCGACGAGUUGCUACAGGGAGAAAAUUUCUUAUGGCGCCAGACACAGUUUCAAGCAUAUCCAGAUGAGUACAGUGUAUUGGAAUAUAACUCGCAGCAUCCGAAUGAAGUACCAAUGAUUUUGGAAAAGGGUAGCAAACUGUAUACAGAAUCACCGUUCAUGGAUGAAGCGGGUGUAAUCAGGAUAAACAGUAGGAUUUCAGCAGCACCCACCGCUGCAUAUGAGACGAAAUAUCCAGUGAUACUGCCGAAAGAUCAUCAUACUACUCGUCUACUGGUAGAUAACUAUCACCGUCACUUCCUGCAUAGUAGCAACAAUACGGUACUCAACGAAGUUAGACAGCGCUACAGAAUAUCCCAACUACGCUCGGUCAUCAAACGGAUCGCCAAGGACUGCCAGCACUGUAAAAUCAGGAAAGCUGUACCCAGAUCACCAAUGAUGGCACCGCUUCCAGCAGCACGACUAACUCCAAAUAUCCGGGCAUUCAGCUACACUGGCGUGGAUUACUUCGGCCCUCUAUUAGUAAAGCAGGGUCGCAGCUUGGUGAAACGCUGGGUGGCACUGUUCACGUGUCUCACCAUACGUGCAGUGCAUUUAGAGAUCGUGCACAACUUGUCCACGCAGUCCUGUGUACUGGCAAUCCGUCGAUUCAUCAGUCGCAGAGGAGCACCGGCGGCGUUCUACUCUGGUAACGGGACGUGUUUCAAGGGUGCCAGCAGAUUACUCCGUGAGCAGAUCCAGUCUAUACAUGAGAACUGCGCGGUUACCUUCACGAAUGCCAGGACAACAUGGCACUUCAAUCCGCCAUCUGCACCCCACAUGGGAGGAUGUUGGGAGCGGAUGGUCCGCUCUGUCAAGACUGCAAUGACGGCUAUCGCAGAACACCCUCGGCACUCAAGUGACGAAGUGUUGGAGACCGUCGUACUGGAGGCAUAA